AUGGGGCCCCCGGGCAAUAGGGGAUCAUGGGGCCCCGUGUCCUUGCCCAAACUCAAAAAAACCUAUGAAAAAGGUAUCAGGGGCAUCUCAUGGGGCCCCCUACUGACCCCGGGCCCUCCCGAGUUUCAAAAUGAUUUAGGGAGGUUGAGCUACAGCUAGAAAUAACAGAACAUAUAUAGCAUCCAGGGGCGGACUGACAACUCAUGGGGCCCCCGGGCAACAGGGGAUCAUGGGGCCCCUGUGUCCUUGCCCAAACUCAAAAAAGCCUAUGAAAAAGGUACCAGGGGCAUCUCAUGGGGCCUCCUACUGAUCCCGGGCCCUCGGGCAGUGCCCGAGUUUCCAAAUGGUCAGUCCACCCCUG